AUCUCCCUGAUUAAGCCAUACGCUUUACAAGAGGACGGGAAAGUCAAAAAAAACUAUUGCCGUUCCUGAUCCUACACAAAGAGAUGAGGCUACAGGUUGUCACAUUUCUUGACACUGCACUUACGUCCUGAUUAAGAAUUGUCCUAUCGUGGGAAUGAACUGGAUAUGUAUUUUGUUUUAUCCUAAACUAUAUUAUGCAGUUACAGUAUUGAUAAAUGUUGCCUACGCUCAAGAGGAUUGCAAUGCUGGGUCUUGUCACCCGCCUCUUGGAGACCUGCUUGUGGGCCGCAGCAGCCAGCUAUCUGCUUCCUCAACCUGUGGUUUGAAUGGACCUCAAACAUAUUGCAUCCUAGGUCACUUACAGGAUGAACAAAAGUGUUUUAUUUGUGAUUCAAGAUUACCUUACAACUAUAUCAGUUCUACCAACAGCCACCUAAUUGAAAAUGUUAUCACAGCUUUUGAGCCAGAUCGGAAAAGGAAAUGGUGGCAGUCAAAAAAUGGUGUGCACCAAGUCAGCAUUCAACUGGAUUUGGAAACACUUUUUCAAUUUAGUCAUCUUAUUCUUUCCUUCAAGACUUUCCGUCCAGCUGCAAUGUUAGUAGAGAGAUCAUCAGAUUAUGGUCAAACAUGGAGAAUGAUGCGAUACUUUGCAUAUGAUUGUGCACACUCCUUCCCAAAUAUUCACGCUGGACCUGCACAGAGAGUGGGUGAUGUAAUAUGUGAUUCAAAAUACUCUGACCUUGAACCUUCUACAGGUGGAGAGGUUGUUCUGAAAGCACUGGACCCACAUUUCCAAAUCCAUGACCCAUACAGCUAUGAGAUACGAGAGCUUACAACAUUUACCAAUCUACGGAUAAAUUUCACUCAACUUCACACACUUGGAGAUACACGGUUGCGGAGAAGGCAGACCAGAGCUAAUGAAAAGUAUUAUUACGCUCUGUAUGAAAUGGUUGUUCGAGGGAGCUGCUUUUGCUAUGGGCAUGCCAGCCAGUGUAUACCUAUUGAUAAUAUUAGAGGUGAUGUAUUCAGCCAGCAAGGAAUGGUGCAAGGACAAUGUGUCUGUCAGCACAAUACAGAAGGUGUAAACUGUGAAAGGUGUAAGGACUUGUACAAUGAUUCACCGUGGCAACCAGCGAUAGGAACAGAGAGAGACAAAUGUAGAAGAUGCAACUGCAAUGGACACUCUGAAAAAUGCCAUUUUGACCUGGCAGUGUAUUUGGCCAGCGGAGAGGUCAGUGGUGGGGUUUGUGAGGAAUGUCAACACAAUACAAUGGGUCAAAACUGUGACCAGUGCAAGCCCUUCUUCUACCAGGAUCCCAGGAGAAUGAUUUCUGACCCAUUUGCAUGUGUCCCCUGUAACUGUGAUCUCAACGGCUCACUGAACAAUGGAAUGUGUGAAAGUCACUCAGACUCGAGCCUCCGUACAGUUGCUGGCCACUGCAUUUGUAAGAGAAAUGUUGAAGGGACAAGAUGUGAUCAGUGCAAGUCUGGCUACUUUGGACUAAGCGCUGUUAAUACUGAAGGGUGUGAAGGUUGCCGAUGUGAUUCACGUGGCAGUGUGUCAGCGCAACCUGCUUGUGACCCAGUCACUGGGGAGUGCCACUGUCACCGAUAUGUGACUGGGAAAAGCUGUGAGCAGUGUCUGCUGAACCACUGGGGCCUUGGAACCAGUAUCUAUGGUUGUUCCCCCUGUGAUUGUGACAUUGGAGGGGCCUAUGAUAAUCUUUGUUCCUUGCAUAAUGGACAGUGUCGUUGUCUACCCAACAUUAUCAGCCGCCAGUGUAAUGAACCAGCUCCAGGUUACUUCUUUGCUCCACUGGAUUACUAUUUGUACGAAGCUGAACUUGCAGUGCAACUAGGGAAUAGUGGUUCUUUGGUAAGGCCUACAUCGUUGCCAUCAUGUGAUGACUAUUUACGAAGGCGAGGCUACAACUUUAGAGUGGAGCAUGGUAGACUGAUACUUAACAGGAUUGCUAAACAUCAUAUGCGACGUCAAAGGAAGAGGCAAAAUGUGAAUCCAGAAUCUCAAGUACAGAUUGUUUCCAGAGAACAUACUCCUGAUAGACCCGCAACUUGGACAGGUCUGGGGUUUGCUCGUGUCCCCCAUGGAAUGGGACUGCAAUUCAUUAUUGACAACAUUCCAUACCUGAUGGAUUUCACAGCUGCCAUUCGCUAUGAAUCAGAGUCAACGGAUGAUUGGAUGGCCAGCGUUCGAGUUCAGCCAACAAAUCAACCGAGGGAUAGCCAGUGUCGAAAUAACUUGCCCUCACGUGAAGCUUAUACAUUUGCUAUGCCAGCCACUACCAGGAUUGCAAUCCUUAACACCCCACUAUGCCUGGAGCCUCAAGUACGGUAUAUUGUGGAGAUUUACUUCAAUCCAUCUCCUACUCCAAACAGUCAGCCCAGCAGUCACAUCUUGAUUGAUUCUCUGGGUCUGAUUCCAAGGAUUAACUCUCUGGAAGAUUUCAAUAGUGAAGCAGAUUUGGAUGAGUACAGACGAUAUCAAUGCAUUGAUGUUGCCUAUCAAGUGGGACCUCAGACUUUACCGGAAGUAUGUGAGAGACUGAUAGCCAGCAUGUCUGCUCGGAUCCACAAUGGAGCUGUCCCCUGCUGCUGUAAUUCUCAGGGGUCAAUCAGUCCCAUCUGCAGCAAGUUUGGUGGUCAGUGCCAGUGUAAGCCUGGUGUGAUUGGGCGAUGCUGUGACUUCUGCGCACCUGGAUUUUAUGGAUUUGGUCCCGAUGGCUGCUCACCCUGUUACUGUGACCGUCAAGGAUCCAUUGAUUCAAUCUGCGAUCAGAGAACUGGACAAUGCCGUUGCCGCAGAAAUAUCGUUGACCGUGCCUGUGAUCGCUGUCAGCCUGGGUACUAUGGAUUCCCUACCUGUCGGCCAUGUCAGUGUAAUGGUUAUUCAAAGCACUGUGACCCUCAAACAGGAGCCUGUCAGAAAUGUAGAGCAUUUACCACUGGAAAUAACUGCGAACGCUGUAGUGAAGGUUACUUUGGGAAUCCAAUUUUAAAUGAACGUUGUCAACCAUGUCAGUGUCCUGACAUCCCAAACAGUGGACGCUAUUUUGCUUAUUCUUGUUAUGAAGAUCCUAGAACUGUACAACUGGUUUGUACCUGCCUUGAAGGCCAUACAGGAAUUCACUGUGAGAGAUGUUCCCCUGGAUUCUACGGCAUUCGGACAGGGAUUGGAGAUCGCUGUUUGCCUUGUAGCUGUAAUAAUAACAUAGACAGGAGAGAUCCAGGGUCUUGUGACCAGCAGACAGGAGAGUGUUUGAAAUGCCUGUAUAACACCUAUGGAUCGAACUGCCAGUUCUGCAAGCCAGGAUACCAUGGAUCUGCUGUGAACAAGGAUUGCAGAAAAUGUUCUUGCAAUGGCAUUGGAGUUGACGCAGGACAUUGUCUUCCUGAUGCCGUAUGUUUGUGUGAUCAAGCAACUGGUCAGUGUCCAUGUUUACUAAAUGUGGUUGGGAGCAACUGCAACAAAUGUGCUCCGGGCUUCUGGAACCUGCUCAGUGGAAGAGGAUGUGAACCUUGCUAUUGUGACCCUCGGAACUCCGCUAGCACGCAAUGUGACGAGUUUACUGGACAAUGUCAGUGCAAGGACAGCUAUGGUGGAAAAACAUGUUCCGAAUGUCAGGAUAAUUAUUAUGGAGAUCCAAGGGGGCAGUGCAACUCCUGUAACUGCAAAUUUGGAGGAACAGAAAAUCCUGCGUGUAACAAGACGACAGGCACUUGUAACUGCCGUGAAGGUGUAACAGGGCAGCAUUGCAACAAAUGUGCCUGGGGUUACUGCAAGGAGUUUCCAAAAUGCACACCGUGUCAUCCUUGCUUUAAACUGCUGGAUGAAGAGAUCUGUGCACUCAUCCCAGCAAUUGAAAGCCUGUUCAACAAGACCAACUCUGUGCCUGGAGUAAAACUGGGGCCUUCCUUUGAAUGGUUUAAAAAGCUAGAAAAGAAAAUUGCUGCGCUUGCCAAAAUUCUGAAUGACUCAGUUAUUUCCUCUGACGCAUUUGAAAGGACAAAGGAUUAUUUUGUAAAGAUCAGUGAAACCAAAAUGCAGAUUGAUCCAAAUGUGAAUAUUUCAAAUGGCACCAAAGUGCUUAAUAGAGACAUUGAUGAUCUUAAUAAGGAAGUUGAUAAGCUCAUUCAGGAUGUGAGUAGAUUCAGAAAGAACUCUAGAGUGAAAGCCAACAUAAAUGGUAGCUUUGAAGAUAUUGAAACAUACUACCAGAAUUCAGAAGCCUCACAGCAAAAAGUGAAUGAUUCAGAAGUGCUGCUGAACAACUCAAAAAUAACAAGAGAAAAGGCAGCCACCUUGUUAGACAAAGCAAUGUUGAUUGAUAGAAAUAGGAUUCAUGCAUUGAAGAACAAGACUAAGCUAUUGGAUUUGCAUACUAUGAAUAAUGAGAUUUGUGGAGCACAAGGGAAUUUAUCCUGUGAUGAAGAUCGAUGUGGAGGAGCUUUAUGUCAUGACAGGUUUGGAAAUCAAAUAUGUGGUGCCCCAAACUGUACUGGAGCUCUGUCAGAGGCAAAGUCUGCAAGAACCCAAGCUGAUGAAACAAUGGACCAGAUGAACCGUCUCUUAGAAAAAUUACAGAACACAAUAAGCAUGAUUGAUUCCCUCAGAAACAUGACACAGGAAACCAAGGAAAAGGCAACCAAAUUAUCCAAUAGGGUAACUAAGACUAAGGAUGAACUUGAAAAGGAAAAGCAAGAAAGCAAAGCCAUCAUCAGUAAAGUGAAAGAGUUUCUCACAGCGGACAGCGUUUCUUCCGAAGAUCUUGAAAAAAUUGCAAACCACGUUCUUUCCAUCAAAUUACCCAUUACGCCCGAGGAAGUGAGGAAGAAAAACAAACAAAUUCAAGACAUCCUUUCCAAAAUUAAUGACAUAGAUAAAGAAGUGGAAAGACUGAACAACCGCUCUGAAGAAGCAAAGACGCUUUUGAAACGUGCAAUGAAAGCAGAGAAAGCGGCCCAAGAGAUCCCAAGCCCAAAGGAACUACAGAAAGAUCUGGACAAAGUUAAAGCGGUCCAAAAACAUGUCACAGACAUGAUGAAGACAAUCUUUGAUUACCUAAAUAAUUUUCAGACUAAGAUUUCACAGGUUAAUGAGAAAACCAAGUCAAUUUCUGACAAUCUCAUGCAUUUAAUGAACAAACUAACAAUGUUACAAAAUGAAUUUGAAGAAUUGGAAAACAAGACCAUUAACAACAAGAUUGUGACUAAAAAGGCAAUGAAGAAAGCAAGUGAAGCAAAGAAUCUUGCUGAGGAAGCUGAACAAGAAUUUCAAAAAAUGAAUGAAACUUAUGUAAAAUUAAGCAAAAUAAAUGUACAAGAUAUUCCAACUGAUGGAAAACAAAACGCAGAACAAUUACAACAACAGGCUGCUGAUCUGGCCAAAGACCUGGAAGAAAAACUGAGAAGAAUUACAGACCUGGAGAAGAAAUUACAAGAUGGAAAUAAGAAAAUAAAGGCGAAGACAGAUUAUUUGUCUGACCUUGAAAAAAAUGUGACCAGCAUUAAAAAGGAAAUUGACAACAAGGUCAGUUUCUACAAUGAUUGUUAACCAUUGUAAACUCCAGUCCUGUACCUUAAUAUUAUCACUUAUUUUUUGUAACUUUUAAAAUUAAAAUUUUACGUAAUAUCGUUUAUAAUUUUUUUUAAAUGCCAACAUUAAUGUGGAAGAGUGAUACUUUGUAAAGGUGCUUUUAUGUUUUGUUAUGCACAAUGAAAUCACCUUAGCAACAUGACACUAAUUUUUAUAUAAAUUGAACUUAUGUAUGUUGACUCCUUGAUGAUUCAUUCAAAAUGACUAUUGUUUGCAUUUUGCAAAGCUGCAAAUUGUAAUAAAAGCAAUGAUUUUGACCACAA